AAAACCACAUGAGCAAUCUCCUCCUCCUGCACAUCUCUGAUACCUUCUCCAAGGAGCGCUCACGAAAAUCUCCUCGGCAAGGUGUUCAAAUAGGAGCAUGUUCCUUCCUUCCUAAUGGGAUCGUGUUGUCUUCUGGUCAGAUGUUCUCCUGCAUUUCACUGGUGACGAAAUCUUCCUCCUCCUCCUCCUCCUCGUUUGAUGAGAAGCUCUUUAGCAUCUUCCUUAGCGGCGUUAGAUCAACACUUCGGACCGGGGACUUUACACCAUGACAGCGAGCAAGGAGCAGCCGAACCAGAGACCCAAUCCACAGCAGCAGGACGAGGACCUUGGUGGGGUUAGUCCACCUCAAAGAAACUGGAAGGGCAUCGCCAUUGCCCUGCUGGUCAUUCUAGUCGUCUGCUCUCUCAUCACAAUGUCUGUCAUCCUCCUUACACCAGCUGACAACCAAGCUGGAAGUGACACAAAACUAACUGUGGAGGAUCUGUUUAACCCCGAGUUCAAGGUCCAUGACCCAGAGGCUAAGUGGAUCAAUGAUUCCGAAGUUAUUUACAGAAACAGUGAUGGCCAUGUCGUCAAGUUCAACAUCCUCACUAAUGAAACAGAGAUUGUGCUCUCGAACAAAACAUUUAUCAACCUCAGCGCGGCAAAGUACUCUGUGUCACCUGACUUGAAGUAUGUGCUCUUUGCUUAUGAUGUCAAACAGGUUUACCGACAUUCCUACAUGGCUUCGUACAGCAUCUAUAAUAUUCACACAAGGGAGGUUUGGGAGCUGAACCCUCCAGAAGUGCUGAAUUCGGUCCUGCAGUACGCAGCCUGGGGAGUGCAAGGCCAACAAUUGAUUUACAUAUUUGAAAACAAUAUAUAUUACCAGUCAGAUGUAAAGAGCAACUCCCUCAGGCUGACGUCCUCGGGGAAGGAGGGGCUCAUCUUCAAUGGGAUUGCUGACUGGCUUUACGAAGAGGAGAUCCUUCAGACUCAUGUGGCCCACUGGUGGUCACCUGAUGGGGAGAGGUUAGCCUUCCUGGUCCUUAACGACAGUCUGGUGCCCAACAUGGCUUUGCCUCGCUUCACGGGGAUGACAUACCCCAAAGGAAAGCAGUAUCCAUACCCCAAGGCAGGCCAACCCAAUCCUGUGGUGAAGCUUUUUGUUGUCAAUCUUUAUGGGCCGACCCACACAUUGGAGCUCAUGCCUCCAGACAGCCUCAAACUACGGGAACAUUAUGUGACCAUGGUGAAAUGGAUCAGUAAAAUCCAUACAGCUGUCAGGUGGUUGAACCGGGCUCAGAACAUUUCCAUCCUGACCGUGUGUGACACCACGACAGGAGCCUGUGUUAUGAGACACGAAGAAACUUCUGAACUCUGGCUUUCCAAACAGAACCAAGAACCAGUAUUCUCCAAAGAUGGCAAAAGAUACUUCUUGACCGUUCCAGUUAAACAGGGAGGACGUGGAGAGUUUCUUCACAUUGCGAUGUUCACCACACAGUUCCGAGCGGAUCAAAAUGAAGUCCGACAUUUAACAUCAGGAAACUGGGAAGUGACAAAGAUCCUUGGCUAUGAUGAAAACACUGACAAUCUUUAUUUUCUCAGUACGGAGGGUUCACCACGAAGGCGGCAACUAUACAGUGUUAAAACAGUAGGAUUGUUCCCACGAUGGUGUUUAACAUGUGAGCUAAAUAAGGCCCACUGUUUGUAUUUCGAUGCUGUCCUGAGCCCCACAUACCAGCACAUUAUCCUCCACUGUAAAGGUCCUGGAGCGCCUGCAGUCAUCUUGCACAGCCUUAAUAGCUCAAAUUACUAUAUUCUUGAGAACAACUCAUUGCUGAGGGCAGCCUUGAACUACAAAAGGAUCCAGCAGACGGACUUCAGGACUGUUUCCAUUGAACAUUUCGAUUUACCAUUGAAGAUCUCAUAUCCACCCGAUUUCUCGGAUUCAAGUCACUAUGGGCUCCUCUUGGUCAUUGAUGGCGCCCCUGGUGAUCAGGCUGUGAGUGACCGUUUCAGCCUCAGUUGGGAUUCGGUGCUGGUCAGUUCGGACAAUGUCAUUGUGGCUCGUCUGGAUGGGCGGGGCAGCGGCUUCCAGGGUCAGAGGGUUCUUCAUGAGGUCCACCAGCGACUGGGCACUGUGGACGUUCAGGACCAGAUAGCAGCAGUAGAAUAUAUGAUGAGGUUUCCAUACAUUGAUAAGACUCGGAUAGCAGUUUUUGGAAAGGGAUAUGGAGCCUACAUUUCAUUAAUGAUGCUCAAGUCUACAGAUAGUCUAUUCAAAUGUGCAUGUGCAAUAUCGCCUGUGACGGACUGGAAAUUGUAUGCAUCCGCCUUCUCCGAGCGUUACCUUGGCAUGCCGACACAGGAUGACAGCAGAUACCAGUUCUCCAGUGUGCUGCAGAAUGUUCACGCGCUACGAGAGCAGACACUGAUGCUUGUGCACGCCACCGCAGAUGCAAACAUCCACUUUCAACAUACUGCUGAGCUUGUCAAGAGCCUGGUGAAAGUUGGAGCAAACUACUCCAUGCAGCUCUACCCAGACGAAGGUCACUUCCUGUCACAUCAGAGCCACCAGCACCUGUAUGCCACUCUCAUCAGCUUCUACAGAGACUGCCUGAGGGAGGAGUUACUGCCACUGACUGAUGACGAAGAAGAAGAAGAGGAGUAAAAUGACUCUUUUUAGGGUCAGACGUCAGGUUUUCGGAAGAUGGAGUGAAGCCUUUUGCUUUUGGACCAAGAGUUCGCUACGGACAGGACAAGAGACAUCGUACGGACAUCUAGGAUGACGGUGACACUUUUUACUGCUGGGACCGAGUCAGGAAAUGACCUUUUGGCGUAAAAUAAUUUCACGGCGAAGCACACUCGAACACUCUUCAUCAUUUGUCAUCGACACAAUCCAAGUGCAUGCUCGAUUCCCCUUUGUGAUUUCCAUCCCCUUGUAACACCCUCGUUUCUCCUGUGGUAGCACUUGGGAACAACAAACGAACACUUUUGAUCUCACAUCUUCCGUUGUUGUUGUACUGCGAUUCACGGUAUAGUCAUGAAAUAUGUACAUAUUUCUCAAUAGUCGACAAACGGUUAAGCACAGUAUUUUCUUCAUGAGCUGACAUUGUGAGUGAACGUGUGACUGAAAAAACACAGAGGAAAAAAAAAAGUAGUAUUUUAAAGUCAACGGGCAAAUGGCUUUCAGUAGAAUUCCAUUAGAAUCACAAGUUUUGCAUAACAUUAACAAUCUACCAACUUUAUAGUAAAUACAUUGCACUGGUAAUCGGAGGUGGGAUUCAUUUCUUAUCAUGAGAGUACUACGGUAUUGUCCUAAAAAAAUGCUCCUCGACUACUUGGGGUGUAACGGUACGCCAGCAUCGCGGUUGGGUAUCAGUGACAGUUAAGUAUGUAAAUCGUAUGCAUUUUUUCCCCCAAAAAAUAAGCAUUUUCUAGCAUAAAAAUGGCUACAUGAAGUCAAAUAUAAUGUAAAAAUAUCUUAAUGCAUUUGACUUGUUGCUAAAUCUAGCUGGAGUGGUGCAUCUGUUAAAAAAAAACUGGCUUUUCCUCUCUAGGGUAGUAGUACAGCAGUGACAAGCACACCCCGGCCCCUUCAGAGUGAGGGGAGUACUGUUGCGCCUCGGUUCUCUUUGUUAUUGUUCUGACGAGCAAGAGUAAUGAUGUCACAAUUACAUAGUAUGUAGAAUGUGACGGUGUAUUAUGAAUGUUGCUGCAAUUACAUCAGCCCCCUGCUGACAAAAACACAAAUCUGCACUCACUGAAGUGCACUCAGAGGCUCAGUAGGCUGUAGAAUGCCAUGGUGUAUUAUAAAUGUUGCUGCAAUUAUAUCAGCCACAUGCUGACAAAAACAUAAAUAUGCACUCGCUGAAGUGCACUCAGAGGCUCAGUGUGCACACUUAAUCUGUGUGAGACUGUGUGAGUUAAAUAUCAAUGUGCGAAUUCAGUGAUUUUGACAUAAGAAAAUACAUUUAUAAUACAUCUUAAUUGAGAAAUGUAUUUAUUUUAAGUAUUUUUCUUCAUUAUGACACAUGAGGUUCUACUUCACCUGCCUCUCCCAAUCAGACGUCAAAUUAUGACUUUAUGUAUUUCACGCGGGUGGGGGAAACCCAUACAUGUACCGUUACACCCUGACUAAUGCCAAAUAAGUGCGAUUCCCACUGAAAUCCUUCACUGGUUAUUAUCCAGUCACGUCGAUUGUACAGAGGUUUUGUGUAGAAAUGUACAAUGCCUUGCAAUGUUCAACAUACUGUACGAUAUCUUACUGGCAGCAGUAGUUUUGCAUUAGCGGCGUCAUGUAAACCAAUGUCAACUCAGGUGUUUGAGACAUAGCGUUGCAGUCUUUUUAGAAUCUUUAAAAAAGAUGCUAAAACUGCUAAAGUCUGCUGUGUGUUCACAAUGAAGUUGUUAUGAAUUCCAUGUGACGAAAAUAAACACAUUCAUCAUUUUUGCAGUAUGUUCCAUCUUGGUAGGGUGUUUCAUGAAAAAUCAAAAGUGGUGCACAUGAGUCCUUCAGGAUGCUGUUCAAAGAACACAUACUGUACAUGGAAGUACACUGAAGUAGAGGUAUUAGGAUGGGGGCGGGGGGUGUCUACUGGGAACGUGUCAGGUUUUGUACAGUACAAUACAGAAGAGUGUGUACAUAAAUAUAUUUUUGAGAUGUUCAAUCUCAUGGAAAGUUUUUCGGGGAUCAAUUAAUUUGACAUGAAUCUGUUGUAUAUUUUUUCUUUCUGGUAUGGUUUCCCUGUUGUUAUUAUUAUUUUUUGUUUGUUUUACUUAAAAUGAAUUUUGUAACACGUGGUCACUUUUUUUCUUGCCGUUUUAAGAAGGGAAACGGGUGAGGUCGUGAUGUCAGGGUUGUUGUGAUUGUCCUCUAGUCAUGGUUCUAAAUAAAUAGAUCAAUAACAAACAAAUGUGUAUUAAGUCGGUACAGCGCCUGAUGGGCUCAAUUGCAGUAAUUGGAGAAGAUAAACCUUUAAAGGUUGAAUUGAGGAACCUGGACUCUUGGUUGAAGAUGUUCCACCUUCAAACCUUCUUUGUGAGUUAUUUUUCAUUUUGGUGUCAUGUUGUGAUUCCAUUGUGGAGCAAGGCCAGAUUAACUUGGAAAACUGACCAAUUUAUGAGGGGGGUUUGAAGACAAAUCCAGGUAAGACCAUGGACAAUGGGUGUGGAAUGUGCAGGCAUUAAGAACAAGCCAACGGAGUGAGUUUGAUGAAACCUUGAAAUCUGAACAGGAAAGUGGUGAGGGACGAUUAA